CAGUGGCUAGCAAAUAAUUAGACUAUCACUAGAUAUCCUCUAGUCAUUCCCAACUCAGACUGAGAGUCGCCUUUCAUUUUUAUGUGUCACCCUUUUCAAUUCCACUUAUCCAAUUAAUUUGAGAGAGGGAGAGGAAAAAGGCUUUCGCUGUCCAAUGGAAUCUUCAACAAAGCAAGAUCAAGAGAGCUUUCUAUAUGCCAUUCAGAUUGUCAGCUCUUCUGUGCUGCCUAUGUCUAUGCAUGCAGCAAUUCAACUUCAACUUUUUGAAAUUAUAGCCAAAGCUGGUCCAGAUGCCAAGCUCUCCCCAAAUGAGAUAGCAGCCCAGUUACGUACGAAUAAUCCAGAGGCACCGUCGAUGCUGGACCGCAUACUUAGAGUUUUAGCCAGCCAUAGCAUUAUCGGUUGCUCUGUGGCUGAUAAUGAACAGGGUAACAAUCCUCGGAGGCUCUAUAGUUUGACGCCAGUUUCCAAAUUCUUCGUUCCAAAUGACGAUGGUGUUUCAUUAGGCCCCUUGAUGGCCCUGAAUCAGGAAAAGGUCAUCCUUGAUAGUUGGUCCCAGCUGAAGGAUGCAAUUGUUGAAGGAGGAACUCCAUUUGACAGGGUCCAUGGAACACACAUAUUUGAAGGCCAAUGUAGGGACCCCAGAUUCAAUCAAGUUUUCCAUACUGCAAUGAUCAACCACACGACUAUAGUUGUGAAGAAUAUCUUGGGGACCUACAAGGGUUUUGAGCAGCUCAACCGAGUGGUUGAUGUUGGCGGUGGUCUAGGAGCCGCUCUCAGCAUUAUCACUUCCAAGUACCCCUCUAUUAAGGGAAUUAAUUUUGACUUGCCUCAUGUUAUACAACAUGCCCCGGCCUACGCUGGCGUUGAACAUGUAGGGGGAGAUAUGUUUGAAAGUAUUCCUAAAGGUGAUGCCAUUUUCAUGAAGUGGAUACUUCAUGAUUGGAACGAUGAACAUUGUUUGAAACUGUUGAAGAAUUGUUACAAUGCCAUCCCAGAUGAUGGAAAAGUUAUAGUGGUUGAUGCUGUCCUUCCUGUUGCACUCGAUACAAAUGCUUUUAUGAGAUACGCUUCGCAGAUGGAUGUGCUUAUGAUGACUCAGUGUCCAGGAGGGAAGGAACGAACCAAACCAGAAUUCGAAGCCUUGGCAACUAAAGUUGGAUUCAGUGGCAUAAGAUAUGAGUGUUUUGUUUGUAAUUUCUGGGUCAUGGAGUUCUUCAAGUAGUUGGACCUUUAUAUCAUAAAAGAUUUGAUAGUUUGUAUCAAAUAAGUCUUGUAUCAAUAGUUUGUAUUAAGUCUUGUAUUGAUCAAUAAUUGAUAUAUAUAUAUAUAUAUAAGGUUUUUGGGCA